AUGGACUCACAACGACCGAACGACGUCUCUCCCGAGGCGAUGCAGGCGCGCAUCCAGCAGGCACGGCGUGAAGCAGAGGGUCUCAAGGACCGUAUCAAGAGGAAGAAGGAUGAGCUCGCCGACACCUCCCUCCGCGAUGUCGCACACCGAUCACACGAGGCGAUUCCCAGGAACCAGUUGAUGAAGACGAAACGGACACUGAAGGGCCACCUGGCCAAGAUUUACGCGAUGCACUGGUCCACCGACCGGAGGCAUCUCGUCUCCGCCUCGCAGGACGGCAAGUUGAUCAUCUGGGAUGCCUACACCACCAACAAGGUCCACGCCAUCCCCCUCAGGUCCUCCUGGGUCAUGACCUGUGCCUACGCACCCAGCGGUAAUUACGUUGCAUGUGGUGGUCUGGACAACAUCUGCUCCAUCUACAACCUCAACCAGAACAGGGAUGGGCCCACACGCGUGGCCCGCGAGCUGUCCGGCCAUGCCGGCUACCUGUCCUGCUGCCGAUUCAUCAACGACCGGAGCAUCCUGACCUCGUCAGGCGAUAUGACCUGCAUGAAGUGGGAUAUCGAGACGGGCACGAAGCAGAUCGAGUUUGCUGACCACCUCGGCGAUGUCAUGAGCAUCAGCCUCAACCCCACGAACCAAAACACCUUCAUCUCCGGUGCUUGCGAUGCCUUCGCCAAGCUCUGGGAUAUUCGGGCCGGCAAGGCUGUGCAGACUUUUGCGGGUCACGAGUCCGACAUUAAUGCCAUCCAGUUCUUCCCCGAUGGCCACAGCUUCGUGACUGGCUCCGACGACGCGACAUGCCGUCUCUUUGAUAUCCGCGCCGACCGGGAGCUCAACGUCUACGGCUCCGAAUCCAUUCUCUGCGGCAUCACUUCUGUCGCCACAUCCGUCUCCGGCCGACUCCUUUUCGCAGGCUACGAUGACUUCGAGUGCAAGGUCUGGGAUGUUACCCGGGGUGAGAAGGUUGGGUCUCUCGUCGGCCACGAGAACCGUGUCAGCUGCUUGGGCGUAAGCAACGACGGCAUAAGUCUGUGCACAGGCUCCUGGGAUUCAUUGCUCAAAAUCUGGGCGUACUAGACCGCAGCUUGACGACUUCACGACGGUCCCCGGGGUAGAACCCGGUCUACGGCCGCUUUGCGUUCUCGAUUGCUUUCAUGGCUCUCUUAAUUCACAUGUGUACGCAUUUUAAUUCCACAAGCGAGCCGGCGCGUACAGGACGAAGUCACGAAACCCCUUCCGGACCCAACAAUCCCGAUCCGAUGACGGCCCUAAGCCGCUGCAACGACGGCGAAUCUAGUGUGCGACGUGUCAACUUGGCAUCUCCCGGCGCUGGGAAGGCUGUCGGUCGGAUCCGUUGGAGCAUUCAUACUUUUUCGCGCCCCCUUAUAUUACUUCUCGACUGCCAUAAUACCACGUCGACCUUCUAUUUUUUGGCUCCGCCCUGAAAUGCGGUCCAAACUACCCAGGCGUCCUCUUUUCUUCUUCUUUUUCUUUCUAUUCCACAGUGGUGAUGACUAUCCGAUGGGGAGGAGAUCGGAGAGCUGAGAAUUGCGAGGUGGUCAUGAGCGCUGCCGACGGAUUCCGACCGGCAGCGAGGCGCUUGUGACGAGGUCGGGUCGGAGCGGCGAAUCGUACGCCUCGACCGUAACGCUGAAAUUGUUUCCAGGAGUUGAGGAAAAUUGUCAUUUCCGAAAUGCUCGUACGAAGGUAUCUGCAGCAGCCAACAAUAAACUCGAUAUAUCAUGGGUUUGUCGCUUCCUCUCAACGGGGCGUAAGAGGAUGAUGAGGAGAGCUUCGGGAGCACGGGACCCUCUUGCCACAGCGAAAGGGACGUUCUUGAGGCUUGUAUGUGUGUGUGUGUGUGUGUGUGUGUAUGUGUGGGAACAGGUUGUCCUAUCCUGUCACCUUCAUGUCGAUAUCGCAAC